GCAGGUGCCCGUCCAAGUGGAGUUAAUGCACCACCACCCACUUUAAGGCAGAAUUAGCAGGAAGGAGGCAGGCAGAGAGACAGCGCCAGGGCUCAGGGUUGGGUCUGAAUGGCACGUGGACAUUAUUACGUGGACAUUCUCAAGAAUUCUAUAUAAAGUAGGGAUACUCCUAGUGGGGAGAGUGCAUUUUUCAAAACAGAAUAGCAACAGUAGGUUCGUUUGGGGUGUGCCACAGGCACUGGCAUGAGUAGGACUGUUGUAUGCCCUCAAUUUACAUGUAACACUUUGCAGGUGGUUAUACGCCGGCUUCCUCCUAACUUUACUAAGGAGCAGCUAGAGGAACAACUCCAUCCACUUCCUGCUCAUGAUUAUUUUGAAUUUUGUUCCUCUGAUCCCAGUUUUGCCAAUCUCCAUAGUUUUUCCUAUAUUACCAUANNNAAUCCUGAUGACAUCCUUCUUUUUAGAGAUCGUUUUGAUGGCUAUGUCUUCAUUGACAAUAAAGGUUUGGAAUAUCCUGCUGUUGUUGAAUUUGCACCAUUCCAAAAGAUUUCUAAAAAGAAGCUAAAGAAGAAAGAUGCAAAGUCUGGAAGCAUAGAAGAUGACCCAGAAUAUAGAAAAUUUUUAGAAAGUUAUUGCGCUGAAGAAGAAAAAAUAUGCGCCAACCCUGAAACACUUCUGGGAGAAAUUGAGGCAAAAACAAGAGAACUCAUUGCUAGAAGAACAACCCCACUUUUGGAAUAUAUUAAAAAUAGAAAAUUAGAAAAACAGAGAAUUCGAGAAGAGAAAAGGGAAGAACGAAGGAGAAGAGAAUCAGAAAAAAAACGGCUAAGAGAAGAUGAGAAACGGAAACGCAGGGAGGAAGAAAGACGCAAAAGAAAAGAAGCUGAGAAACAAAAGAAAAUUGCUGAAAAAGAAAUAAGGAUCAAGCUUCUUAAGAAGCCUGAAAAAGGAGAUGAACAGACUACAGAAAAGCACAGAGAAAAAGAAAAAGUUGAUAUGGAAGACAGCAAAUGGGAGAAGUCACCAGGACAUGGGAGUUUAAAAUCCAAGCCACUGGAAAUUUCUCUAAAGGAACUUAAGGAAAAAUCACAAAAUGACAGCGAUAAAGAACAAAGAGAUUCAGAGAGAAGAUUUCGUGAAAAAGAACCCGAGAGACAAAGGUACCGGUUGGAAGAUGGCCGAAAGCACAGAACUCACUAUGAAUUUGACAAAUAUGUGAGACGGAAUGAAGAGGAGGCGAAGUGGGAGAAAGGCUACAACCAAGACCGAGGAAAGAAAGUGAACUACAACUACAGCUUCACUGUGGACACAGUAGACAAACUGGGUAAAGAGGACAAGUGUGAUGACAUGGCAUCCAAAAAGGAGCGCAUAAGAAAUAAGGAUCGCCCAGCCAUGCAGCUGUACCAACCAGGAAUUCGCAUUCGAACACAUAUGGGACCUACAAGUAGAUUCUAUGACUGUGCUGAAAAAUCUUCUCAAGAGAUUUAUGACAGAAGGUAUGAGGCAGACAACUCAGCUGGAGGUGGUUCUGAGAAAAGUGAAGAUGCAGAAUAAAAUGGACAGAACAUUCAGCUUUAAGA